CACGGAACAUCAGCUCAUCUCCUCGCUGCACAGGAAGAGAAAUCAGCAGCGCUGAGGAGAGCUGUGCCAUCAUCAUGAAACGAUCUGCCGAGGAGGGGUCUCCCUCUUCCCACAAGAAGCACAAAAGCGAACACCGACACCACAAGCACGCGGAUGGGUAUCGCUCGUCGUCCAAGGAGCAUCGCGAGCACAAAAGCACUGACAAGAAGAAACAUGACUCUAAUCAGGGCUAUGAGCCGUCCAGAGAUCAGACAACUCAUACCGACCAGAGACAAGGUGGUGAGAAGGACAAAAAACAUCAACGCUCCCACUCCGAGGCCCUCGCCCAACUCCCAGCACCAACCACCAAAUCAGCCAUCGUCCCAGCUUACAUUCCCUUCUCGAUCUCCAAUGGCCUACCCCCACUCCCACCCGUCAAACAAGCGCACCUCGCCAAGGCGGCGUUCAAACACAAAUCUCUCGGCUCCUACGACCGCAACUCCACCAGCACCGACAUGAGCUACGAACGCCUCGAGUUCUUGGGCGAUGCCUACAUCGAGCUGAUAGCCAGCCGGUUGAUCUUCGAACGUUUCGGCCACUUGCCGGCAGGGCAGCAAAGUCAAUUGCGAGAGUUGCUAGUUAAGAACGAGACGUUGGCAGAGUACAGCCGGAGUUACAAAUUCGACGGAAAGGUGGAAGCUGGGUCGAUGGAGAAGAUGAUUGAGGAUGUGAAGGAGAAGGACAAGUGGAAGGGGAACAAAGGGUGGAACAAAAUUCUGGGAGAUGUGUUCGAGGCGUAUGUCGCUGCUGUUAUUCUUGCGGAUGCGGAGGAUGGGUUUAGCGUGGCGGAGGCAUGGCUGACGGCUCUGUGGGCGCCGAAGAUCCUCGAGGCAGCGAAGGACUAUCGAGGUUUUGCGCAGAGCGCUGGCGCCAAUGGUCUGGUUCAUGCGGACGGUGCGGAGUUGCUGAAGAUCUACAAUCCGAAUGCUAAGAUGGAGCUACAGAAGCGGAUCAUGGGCUUCGGCACGAAGCUGGUGUAUGAGAAGUAUCGGGAGCCGCUGGAGCUGAAGGGAGAUCAGCUGGGACAAAAUCGGCAUUUCGUCGCUUUGUAUUUGACGGGGUAUGGCUAUGAGGGAAAGCUGUUGGGCAAGGGUGAAGGGAAGAACAAGGUCGAAGCGGGCAAUUGGGCGGCGACACAGGCGAUGUAUGGGGAGUGUAAGGGUGUUGUGGAGGAAUGUGAGCAGAGGCUGAGGAAGGACAAGGAGGCAAGGCUUGCACAGAAGGCUGCUGAGGAGGAGAAGCAGAAGACGCAAUAGCAGAGGAGUAAAUGAAUAUAGCAAGCUGAUGGGUGGUGUAAUUGCGACAAUGUGUAUGCACUCG